GCAUUCCUCGGUCUAAACUGACGGAAACAGCUGACAGAAUCUUCCAUGUAGGGGGGAGAUAUCGCUGUUUAAAUUGCGGCAUUCUUAGUCGAUCAUGUCAUUGUUUGUUUUACAGUUUUACUUGUGUAUCAGAUCGCACUGAGCAUAAUUAAUUUACCUACAUGCCAAAAUUAUAUCAACUAUGGGGUUAUGUAGAUACACCUAUACAAUCACAGAUUACGUCAAAUUAUAUUAACCCGGCAGAGGUUUCAGUGGUAGUACCCGAGGAUGGCCGCUGCUGCGGGUGUAAACAAGCAGGGGACCGCUGCAGCGAUGGAGGUUUGUGGUCGCCACGGCAGAGCUACUGCUGGGAAUACGGUGAAGGUGUUGGAGUGUGGAGUGUGUGAAGAUGUCUUUUCCCUACAAGGGGAUAAGGUUCCCCGUCUGCUGCUCUGUGGUCACACUGUGUGCCACGAUUGUCUCACCCGCCUGCCCCUGCAUGGCAGGGCUGUGCGCUGCCCCUUCGACAGACAGGUCACUGAACUCGGGGACUCUGGGGUGUGGGGGCUGAAGAAGAACUUUGCUUUGCUGGAACUGCUGGAGAGGCUGCAGCAUGGGGCGUCUAACCAGUCAGGCAUGAUGGAGGACGCCCUCGGAGGGGCGGGAGAGUGCAUCAUCCGCUGCGACGAGGACGAGAGCCACACGGCCUCCAUGUACUGCACCGUGUGCGCCACCCACCUGUGCUCGGAGUGCUCCCAGCUCACCCACUCCACCCGCACGCUGGCCAAGCACCGCCGCGUGCCCCUCGCGGACAAGCCCCACGAGAAGACCCUGUGCUCCCAGCACCAGGUGCACGCCAUCGAGUUCGUCUGUCUGGAGGACGCCUGCCAGCCCGGCCCGCUCAUGUGCUGCGUGUGCAAGGAGUACGGCAAGCACCAGGGACACAAGCAUGCAGUGCUUGAGGCGGAGGCCAACCAAAUCCGGGCUUCCAUCCUGGACAUGGCGCACUGCAUCCGCACGUUCACGGAGGAAGUGUCCGAGUACUCCAGGAAGCUGGUGGGCAUCGUGCAGCAGAUUGAGGGCGGAGAGCAGAUAGUGGAGGACAGCAUCGGCAUGGCCCACACUGAACACGUCCCCGGCACGGCGGAGAGCGCCCGUUCCUGCGUGCGGGCCUACUUCGCGGACCUCCACGAGACGCUGUGCCGCCAGGAGGAGAUGGCCCUGAGCGUGGUGGACGCCCACGUCAGGGAGAGGCUCAUCUGGCUCCGGCAGCAGCAGGAGGACAUGACCAUCCUGCUGUCACAGGUCUCCACUGCCUGCCUGCACUGCGAGAAGACACUGCAGCAGGACGACUGCAGGGUUGUGCUGGCGAAGCAGGAGAUCACCAGGCUGCUGGAAACCCUGCAGAAACAGCAGCAGCAGUUCACAGAGCUGGCCGACCACAUUCAGCUGGACGCCGGCAUCCCCGUCACCUUCACAAAGGAUAACAGAGUCCACAUCGGUCCAAAGAUGGAGAUCCGCGUGGUGACUCUGGGCCUGGAUGGUGCUGGGAAAACCACCAUUCUGUUUAAGCUGAAACAGGAUGAGUUCAUGCAGCCCAUCCCCACAAUAGGUUUCAAUGUGGAGACAGUGGAGUACAAAAAUCUGAAGUUCACUAUCUGGGAUGUGGGUGGUAAACACAAGCUCCGCCCACUGUGGAAACACUACUAUUUAAACACGCAAGCGGUGGUGUUUGUUGUUGACAGCUGUCACAGAGACAGACUGAUGGAGUCUCACAGUGAGCUGGCUAAACUGCUGACAGAAAAGGAGCUUAGAGAUGCACUGUUACUUAUUUUUGCCAACAAACAGGACGUCCCCGGGGCGGUGUCUGUGGAGGAGAUGACGGAGUUGCUGAGCCUUCAUAAGCUGUGCUGCGGGCGGAGCUGGCACAUCCAGGGCUGCGACGCCCGCAGCGGAAUGGGCCUCCACGAGGGCCUGGACUGGCUGUCCCGGCAGCUGGUGGCCGCAGGCGUCCUGGACGUGGCCUGAGGCCCCGCCCUUUGACUCAUCUGCACUGGAUCCUGCUCUAGCCCAGCCCCCGUGACCCUUGACCCCUCUCCCUCAGCCCAGCCGCCCAGCCCAGCCACCCAUCCUCCCCGUGACGUGACUAACAUCUCCUAACACACAGCAGCAGCUAUAAGUCGUUGAUGCUUCAUGUUUCUCGAGUAGCAGCGUUUGCAAAUAAACAAGGCUGGUGUUGGGAUGUGCCCUCCAUUGAAUCAAACUGCUCAGUGAUAGUUGAGAACUUACUAACACACCUAUGAGACUAUUUCCAUCGUACCUUGCUGCACAGAGUGUGGAGAGGUUAACUUUAGAGCAUAAUUUAACAAUUAAGGUUGUUUCUGUGUUUAUAACCUCAGUGUUGUGUGUGUAUAAUAUAACUGAGGACAGCGGGUGUUCAGCAUGUUUUUGUUCGUUACAUGUCAGGUUAAAGUUGCUGUUUGCCAAUAUUAAUGUUAUACACUUAUUGGAAAACCCCCUUCAGAGUUCAUGACUCAGUGCCUGAUUCAGUGUUCAUCAUGGGGCUGCUGAUCAUUUUAACACCUUUUCGGUUUCGGUGAGCUCCUCAAAAAGCCUCGUAAACAUACCCCCCUCUACCCCGGAUGAUCGCAGCAGAAUGCUUUUCUACGAGUGCAGUUUUAACAGACGCAAACAGAGCACACUGUCGGUUUUCGCACAUAAUUCUGCAUCCGGAAGCGUUUAAAGCUGAACGUGCUUUUAAAGGCGAUUACAGGCCUUGGCUAUUUUGGCACCCCCUGUUGGCAGUGAUUUUAAGCCACUCCCUCCGUGGCCCCAUGCAGCACCUGGUAUGUGCUGGUAAAUGAACCCUAAUCAGAAGUGGCUCACUCUUGGGCUACACCAGUUUCAAUAUUUUCAGCAUUUCUGAGGUCUUGUUUGCUUUCAAAAAAAGAAAAAGAAAAACCCUCGCAUGUCAAGAUUGUAAGAAGUGCCUGGGGACCAUUACUGCCCUAUCCAUUGUGUUGACUGAAGCACAUCGUCAGUUUAACAAUUGAAAAAACUGAAGCAUUUUGCUGAAUUCCCAACUGAAAUCUCGGGUUAUUCAAUUGAUUUAAUGUGCAUUAUCCAUCUUGAAAGAGGGGGGUGUAAUGUGUUUGUAAUUUAGCAGAUACGGUCAAGCUUUCCAAUUCUGCCCCAAUUUUAAGUCUUAAAACAGUCCACUAAGAAAGAGGUGAUCAGAUUAGUCAGAUUAGUGUUGCUCUAGGAUGGUACAAAAAUAUGUAGUUUACUGAGAUUAUUUGUGUUUUAGUACUUUUGUAUAUAGUAAAGUUUAAAAAAAAAUACUUGAUCAGAGUUGGAGGAAUUGUAGCUGUGAUGGUAAAGCAGUUAAUGUUUGUAGCUGUUCCCCCACCUCCUGUUUUGAGGAGUGUGUUAAGUUCUGAGCGCAUUGGAUGUGCUAGCCUGCAGUUUGGUGGUCUCUCCUUAGAAUUUAUUUGAAGCUCAAAUGGACAAGUGACAGCCAUGCUACAGAUCCUGUGACUCUUGGUUUGACCCCGUCACUGGCAGAACUGUGACCAACUGCUGUAAAAACUGCUGUUUUCAGCACUUCAUGCCUGACUAGAUAGCGUGCAGCUACUUCUGUUAUGUACUUUCUCCUUAGGGCUGGGACUGGCAGUUUUCAUACCAACUUCUUUCUCGGUCCGAAAACGUGGUGCACCAAUGCAUUGAAUCAUUUGUGACAGAAAACUGGCUUUGAUACAACAGUCCUACUGUAUGUUUUAACCUCUGCUGAUGCAGGUGUAGCAUCCAUUUUGAAGUGCAAUACAAAACCAACUAAACUGCUGUUAAACUACUAGCUGAUAUUACAUUUAUAUUUGAAAUUAGAACUAAAAAUAUAUGCAGAUGUGGGGAUUAAAGUUAGCAUGCUAUUCUGUUGCAUUUAUCUGUGCUUCCCCUGCACCAGUGAGUUAAUAUUCAUGAUACAGAUCUGUGGACCAAUAUUCUUAAUUGGCUGCUGGCAACUGGCAAUAAAUUUUAUGGUUCACACAUCUACAAAAAUAGGUUCUGUGGGGGGUGGGAGUGGAGGUACUGGGGAAGCUUACUUCCACUUAUGAAACAAUAGAAAUCCUCCGGCAAAAUGAAAGGUGACACUUGUGUGCCUUUCUGGCACGAAAUAUUCAGGGUCCGUUAAAGAAUACUAUAUUCUGCGCAUUGACAGCUUAUGAAAUACAAUGGACUGAUGCAUUAGUCCCAGCCCUACUUUUAAUUUUUAGUGUUUUUCAUAGAAAUUUGUUCAAUUUUUGUUUUAUACCAUUAGGUCUUUGAGUGUAUUGUACUGAAAACCAUCAUUUUGCUUUUUCUAAGAAAUUCAAAGUGUCGGUUUGAGUUGAUACUAUCCUUAUACAACAUCAUUGCUAUGUAAUGUUUACUUCUGUACUUGUACCUAUUUAAAAAGCAUGUAUGAAUUUAGUUCCCAUUCUUAAACAGAAUAAUAUUCCAUGUCAAUUUGUGAAUAAUAUUCCAUAAACAGCAUAACAUCUGUAAACCCCUCAAAGCACAGUGCUCAUCUAAAGCAUUUGUAACUUGUGGACUUCAUUUCUUUUCUAUACCAUUCAUAAUUAACAUUAUGCUAUUAAAUAACUGACGAACA